CUUUACUCCAGUGUGUAGCCCAUGACAUUCAUUUAAAAGAUCAAAUUCAUUUUCAGUCAUCCUUGCUCCACAGCUUCCAAUUUAUGAUAAUGUGGUUCUGCAAAUCCAAAAGGUUGAACAGUUGAUUGUUUUUUUUACAAGGAAUCGUAGUAUCAACUGAAAUAUAGCUGCAAGCAGCGAUGACCUGGGGUCCAAGCCUUUCUCGCCUUCUCAAAUAUUCUGCCUUAUUUUACAAGUCAUAGAUUUCAGUUCAGGUACAACACCAACAAUCCCUCACUGUCUAGGGAUGUCUAUCUGAAACCGGCAGUGGUGGGAUUUGAACCUGGGCUGUCAUGUAUUACAAGACGAAGGCCUAUGGUCACAGAAAAAAAAUGGGUUGAACACUGUGGAAGAGCAUGCGUGUAUGUAUGAAUUGCAGGUUCCAGUCUUGACUCAAUCUUGUAACACUGUAAUGUUUGCCAUUUAGCAGGUCGCUCUUAUCCAAAGUAACUUGCGGUCAUGCGUGCAUUCAUUCUUUACAUUUGAGUGAUCGUGAGAAUCAAACCCACUAUCCUGGCAUUGCAAGCGCCAUGCUCUACCAACUGAGCUACAGAGGACCACCAUGACAAUGUAAACAUCUGUUGUUCUGCCCCUGAACAAGGCAGUUAACACAAUGUUCCUAGGCUGUGAUUGUAAAUAAGAAUUUGCUCUUAACUGACUUGCCUAGUUAAAUAAAGGUUCAAAUAAAACAUACUGUGCUAAACUAUGGUGCACUGUGGGGCUCAGUUGGUAGAGCAAAGCGCCUGCAAUGCCAGGGUUGUGGAUUAGAUUCCCACGGGGUACCAAUACGAAAAAGUAUGAAAAUGUAUGCGCUCACUACUUUAAAUUGCUCUGGAAUAGAGUGUCUGCUAAAUGACAAAAAUGUACUGAACUUAACUAUAAACUACUCAUGUUUACUCUAUUGGGUCUUAUUUUUACCCAUUUAAACUGGUCUUGUUUUGGUCAUGGUCUCGAUCCACUGGUCCUCGGUCUGGGUGUUAGAAAGUUUGGUUUGGAUCUAAAGGGCUCCGGUCCUGACUUAAUCUCUGGUACUCGCACCAAUUUUAUACUCUUGAAUCCAUACGUAUGGUUACAUGUAAACAAUAAUGUGAUUAUUGUGGAUAGUCAGAUUAAUAUAAUAGUUUGAUUAAAACGUAAACAAGCUUUGCAAGAAUGACUAUUUCCCUAAUAAUGCUGUUUAUAUAAUGCACUCUAAUGCAGAAAAUCGACAUUCAAAAUGAACAUUCUACUACAGCGACCAUGUUAUUUUUGGGAAGCAUAUUUGAUUCUGAGUUCGCUCAUGUAAAGUUUGUAUGUGAAACUACGUCUAAGACGCAUACAUUCAGUUGUUUCCUAACUCGCUGAUCUGCGCAUAUCAGAUACACCGCUGGAAUGCCGAUUAAGGCGUUUACAUGUCCUAAUAAUAAGAGAGAAUGCUCAGAAAACCAGGUGUUUUAAUCGGCUGAUGCUACCUUCGAUUUUGACCUCAUGCCGAUUUAAGAUCAACAGAGUAAGGUGUUUACAGUACUAUUUCAUAAUCUGCAUACUGCCAUAAUCACUUUAAUAUCGAAUUAUUAGUGUGCGUGUAAACGUACUCCAUGUUGGUAGUGGACAAGUGCACACUUCAGGUAACAUUGUAGAGUAUUGAGCUGAAUGGCCAGGAGGGGGCUCCGUUUCCUCCAAGAUUGACUUGAAUUGUCAGGCCGGGGCUCACUGAACUUUUAAGAAAUCAACUUCAUUUAUGGAGCAUAUAACGAUAUUGGUCUAUAGAUGCUGUACACCAAGUUUCUGAGAAAUCGGUUUAGCGGUGUCUGAGGAAAAGUUGAACAUUUUGGAAAUAUUUACAUUUUCAAAAUGUCAGAUGAUUCGUCAUGGUGAUGUCAUUGGUCCUAGAGGAAUAUGUGUUUUUUGGGUAAAGAGAAACCUUUGUACCUAAUUCUGUGACUAGGUCCAAUGAAGAGGCGGGGCUUACCUUUUGAAGUCAAAAGUUGUUUAUAGUGAACUAGUCGUUUUUAUUGAACUAGUCAGUUUAGAACAAAUUUUUGUUUACAAUGAUGUCCUACCCCGGCCAAAGCUGGGAACAUUCUGCGCUGCCCUAUGGGACUCCCAAUAAUGGCUGGAUGUGCUGCAGCCUGGAUUUGAACCAGACGUAUUUGGGGACUGGCACUGAUGGAACAACAGAGAAGACUUUUAAAGUGCACCUACAGCUCUGGGACACAGCAGGGCAGGAGAGGUUCAGAAGUCUCACCACAGCCUUCUUCAGAGAUGCCAUGGGCUUCCUGCUCAUGUUUGAUCUAACCAAUCAGCAGAGUUUUCUGAAUGUCAGGAACUGGAUGAGUCAGCUGCAGGCAAAUGCCUAUUGUGACAGUCCAGACAUAGUCUUAGUUGGCACCAAAGCAGACCUUAAAAACCUGAGAGAUGUACAAGGAAAACAAGCCAGAGACAUGGCGGACAGAUAUGGUAUCCCCUACUUUGAGACAAGUAGUGCCACAGGGGCUGAGGUGGACCAGGCAGUGACCACUCUGCUGGACCUGGUGAUGAGACGCAUGGAGCAGAGCACAGAGGGGCCUGCGUCAGAGGCAGCCAAUGGGAGUGCUGCCACUAACGACACGGCUGAAACGUCCACCAGCAGGAGGUGUGCCUGUUAGGAUGUAGGGAUGUUCAUCCAUUCAAAUGUGUAACUAUUGCAUCUGGGGAGUAUUAUUACAUUAGAAAGUUCAAUUAUCCCAUCCAGUAUUUAUAGGAAGUGUAUUAUCCUCUUAUGCAUUAAUGUGUGUUUGUCUGGAUUGAUAACUGUCACACUCAAGCUAUGUAUUCCCAACCUGGUCAUCAUUACCUGCUGAGUCUGUACAUGUACUGUAUGUUAAUGAUAUGAAACGAGCAAAAGAACACACAAUCUAAUACUGAAAAAUGAUUCAAAGUAAAUGAAAGCACCAUGUGUAUGUACAUCUCAAACUGAUAUUUGCAAUUUGACUAAGCUUUGUGUGAUUCUAAAUAGGUAAAUACUCAUGGGAAGUGUUUGAAGAAAAGUUGUAUAUCAGAGAUUUCUGUAUUUAUUUUAUUUGACAGAUUGAAGCAUUGAUGGAAGGAAAAUACAGGUACAUACAUUUAUCAUUGACAAUAUAUAAUCCUAACAGAUUAUGCAACAACUCUUUAACAAUCAUGGUUAUUUCCUUAAAUGUGAAUGAGAAAAUGUAUUAUUCUGUUUCACAAACCGAGAUCGCACAUUACAGGAUCCAUGAGUUCUAUAUGACAUGGAGCACAUUUGGUGUUUAGCUUGAUUAUUAGUGGAACAAAAUUGUCAUGCACAUUGAAUAAAGUAUAGAACAUG